UUAACCUGGACCACGAAGCACCCAAUCGCCCCCGCCCAACCCAUUUUGCUAAAGAAAUAGUGGUGGUAUUGAACUCAAAUCUUGUGGUGAAGUACUAUAUAUACAAAAGUCAGAGGAGCACAGUUUCCUUCCCCCAGAUAAGUUGCAAAACAAGACUAGUAAUUCAACUAGUAUCUUUCCUAACUAAUUUGAAGACGGAAAAUAUGAGAUCUUGCUUAGUGAUCCUCCUCUUCUUCUCAGUUGUUUCGCUUGUGUGUAUUAGCGAGGCAGCAAGACACGGACCAGAGGAUUACUGGAAGAAGAUCAUGCAAGAUGAACAGAUGCCUAAAGCACUCACAGACCUCUUCCAUGAAGAUUCAUCAAGAUCAGAUGAUCAUCAUCAUCGCCGCCACUCCGAUAUCAACGUCCAGAAGCAGCCUGAGACUUUGAACAUGAAGCGUUUCCUCACAAACUUUGAUACGGCUCCCAAUCUCAUAAUCUAUCAAAACAAGGUUGUCAUCCAUUGAUUAACGAAGCUCAUCAUUGUCGUCAUCGUCAUCGUCAUCAUAUAUGGGGCGAGAUAUUAGUAUUACUUUUGGGCUAUUACGCGCAUAUGUAGAUUAGCAGCAAGUCAGGGCAUUGUAUAUCUAUUGCUGUAAUGAAAUCUAGGGUACGUAUAGGAUGAGUGUACAAGUAUUAGGACAGCAACAGAUAAAGAAGAGCGGCCAUGUAGCCAGAUUUUUUCGUUGCUUGCAGUGAAUUUGUUAUAUAUAUUAUCAACGUUCAUCAAUCGUCCUAA